CUCAACUCGGUUUGUGCAGUGAUGUCUGUGAGUCUGAACUCGUCAUGCCUGCGGAUCGCUGCCUGCUUUUAUGGCUCGUUUUGGUUUUCGGUGGAGGAGGAGCGGUGGGAGCGACGGAGGAGGGCGGACACCGUCCCCCGCCCGACGACAAAGCCUUCACCGCGGACAGAGACUCGUCCGUCACCGGCCUCCCUGAUCGGGAUCCGGAGCAGACUCCCUCUGCGCUGUCAGCAGAACCCCGGUUCUUCCUGAAAGUCCUGGUGAGGGACCUGGUAACCCGCCAGCCACUGGCCGGGGCAACAGUGGACCUGUACCUGAACCACAGCCUCCGAGACUCCAGCAGAAGCGGGCCAAGAGGCGAGCUCCUGGUCCUGGUACCCUACAGUCCACAGCUCAGCCUCACCCUGCUGGCCCACACAGAUGGCUACGUCCCUACUCCACUACCAUGGAGAACCGCCAAGAGACCAAUAUUCUCUGCUGUUACCUUGAUGCUGCUCCCUCACAGCCAGGGAAACAUCUGGCUGUUUGAAGACUCGCUGCUCAUCACUGGAAAACUGCCUGACAGCUCCUCUCAGCCCAGCGUUAAAUUCCCCAAAAGCAUCCUCCCUCUACCAGACAAGACCAACAUCUCGUCAGUGACGGCUUACCUGACGGUUCCAGAGCGCCACCUGGCAAAAGACUGUGUCAACUGCACCCCAGGCAUCAUCAACAACAAAUCAGUUUACAGAAGCAUUCAGCUGCAGGCCGUGGCCGCCAUUUGCACCCUGCUGUACUCUGGUGGCGAGGAGCUCCCAGUGCGAGGGCCAAUUCAAAUCAGCCUGCCGCUUGGACGCACAACCAAUCUUAGGCCCUCUGACACAGUACCAGCAUGGGCCUUCAAUAUCAAGACUGGUGCGUGGGAGAACCAGGGACUUGGAAUAGUAAAAAAGAUCAACGACCAACUGGUCUGGACCUACAUGGCCUCCCAUCUGGGCUACUGGAUCGCAGCACCGCUGACCUCAUCAAACGACUACACGGGACAUGGCAGUUCGCUGGACUUCAUAUCGUACCACACAUACCUACUAGUGGGAAUACUGGGAGGGACGCUGGCUGUUGUGAUCGGGUUUCUGUCUGUGCUGCUGUGUCACUGCAGGAAUUCUUACCGAGAGCCCCGGAGGAGGAGAGCACGUUUUUCCAAACUGGCAGUCCUGAAAAAGGACCAGACCACCUCCACCAACAUGGAGGAGGGCUUGUUGUUCCAUUCUGGCGACCGCAGCCAUGCAUCCCGCAGCAUUCAGUGCGAGCCAUCCUCCACGCCAAGGCACAAAGCCAACUACAACAUCUACGUGGAGGACCCAGGGAGUCGUCCUGCUGCUCCCAUCUACGAGAAUGUGGCUAUGGACCGGAUCAAGGCUCCCCAGCCUCUGUCUCACUACAUCAACAGCAAAGAGGUGGCUCGCAUUCGGGAGAAGUCAGAGCAGAACCGGGCCAACAUGAAUUCGAAUCACUUCUUCCAGGACAAACUGGUUCACAUCUACAACCAGCCUGUGGCCGUCAUUCAGGCCCCGGAGCUGUUCGGUGGUCAGGAGCAGCUGGUUUCAGGCUGCAAGUCAGCCACCUUCCCCCGGAACGGGGGGGAGUACGACGCUCACUCAGAGCCUGCUAGCAAAGACAGCUACACCCAGACCCUCCCCAAAGCUCCCCACCACCACCAAGCUGGAGAAAGCCCUCAGCAGAGCCGCCAAGAUGAACCCCAGCCUCUAGAAACUCCCCCCCAGGGGCAGGGCCCCAACCCCGGCAUAUGGGGGCACUACAGUAACCUCCUGGAGUCCUCUGUCUCGGUGCCUGGGACCCUCAAUGAGGCAGCUGACAUGGGGGCCUUCAGCACCGUCCACGGCGUGCCGGGUGAGCUCCAGGGGAUCUCGGAGCGCACAUUGCUGGAGCUGACACGAGGCAGGUCCUCCUCCUCUCAUCCAAGGGCCUGGUUCGUUUCCCUGGAUGGAAAGCCAGCAGCACAGGUACGGCACUCCAUCAUUGAGCUGCAGAGCCGCCAUCGCCCACCCAGCAGCAACGACACCAGCCUGGACUCUGGUGUGGACAUGAAUGAGCCCCAGCAGAACAUCCGGGAGGCAGAGCGCAAGCGGCCGUCCAUCAGGGCCUCCUCCCUGCCGCAUCACGGCAGAGGGGGGCGUUACAGCGAGGAGCAGGACCUGAGCAGCAGCGAGAGCGGCAACACAGCCACAUGCACACCGGAGGACCCUUCACUGAGGAACAUUCUGGACGGGAGCAGCGGGGGCAUCCCCAACAUCCCCGAGGAGCAAGACGGCAUGGACACGUCCAGCGCUCAGGAGGACAGCGAGUCCCGAGGUACGCCGCCUCCACGCCGUCUGAGGAAGGUGAGGGAGAAGGGGAGGACAGAGAAGAGGAGUGCCAAGCAUGUCCGUGAAGGCCGACCUCUAGCCAAGCGCAGUUAAACGUCACAUGACAAGCAGCGGUUUUCCCAUCACUGCUUCAUUAAAUGUCCUGUUAACCGUUUUAAAAACCCCAUGAG